CAAGGGAGCAUGUGGAGGGGUGGUUAAUGUCGUGCGGAGACUCUCCACUUGCAUGGCAUACGUUGGAUAUGAUGGGGUUGAGUCUAGAUAAGUGGGAUCUUAACCUUAACAACAAUCUGCUACAGUAUCCAGACCUAAAUUGUGCCAUUCUGAUAAGGCUAAUGUGCCCUGCUUACUUGCUAUCUUCACCGGCGUACGAGAGCUCUACAACUUACACAAUGGGUUUCAAGUAAGUACUUUGUGUGAAUCACCAUUUAUAUCUUUCCUUCUUGCAGCCCAUCUCACCAUUGUUGAGGUUGUACAAUGUUCGUAACAUAAGAAAUUUCCGACCUCGUGAAGACGACCGGUAAACUAUCAAAUAUAUCAUAUCGAUUUCACCAGCGCUUGACUAUGCAAAGUAACGGCGAUAAAUUUUCAUCUUCUCCAUGUACAUGAAUCAGAGAACGUAAACAAAACGAUAAAAUGGACUCAGAAUCUAAGAGACCACAGAAGAAGAAGAGAGUUAUAUGGUCGAUGGAGGCAGUAAAAUACCUAUUAGAGUUAUGGAAGGAGAAUAAGCCCAGGAUGGAAUCCACAAAAAGAGCUGGCCCAAUUUACGAAGAAAUGUCAAUGAAACUGAGGAAAGGUGGAUACAACUUCAGCGCAGACGAAAUUAAGGGGAAACUUCAUAACUUAAGUAAUAAAUAUAAGGCAGAAAGAACGAAACUGAGAAGUGGGCACAAUUUUGAAGGUGAAUGGGACCUGUACAAUGCCUUAGAUUAUUUGUUAGGUAAUAAUAGAAAAUAUGAGUGGAAAAGUUUGCUUGAUGAAUAUACAGAUCCUCUUUAUGAAAGCCGGCAAUCAGUGGAUAGUGAGGCAGAGACAGAAACGGAAGAUCCUAUACUCAAAGUAGAGCUUGAGGACCAUAUGUCACCUCAACAGCCUCCUUUUGAAAAGACCAGCAAUGUUGCGGCUUCGGAUAUGGAGAACUUCGAGGUCGAAAGUGAUAAUGAAACUUUAUCUAAAUUAAAGAACUUGAAAUCCAGUAGGAGGGAUAGUGAUACUAACGCCCGAGUAAGCUCUAAUUUUCGAAUAAUUGGCGAUAGAUCAACCCGGAGACUGAAAAUUUUCGAUCCAGAUAGAAACAAUUCCUUCCGCAAAAAUGUGUGGGCAUUACCUUUAACACAACUAAAGCGCAACGAUAAACCCAGUGUUGAAACGCUAACGGAAGCAAGAUUGGAGCUUAUCCAGUUGCAAAAGGAAAGCACUAAACAAGAAAUGGAAUAUCGAAAAGAAGAAUUUGAACAAAAGACCCGCGAACACAAGCAGCGCAUGAGAAUUACUCAAAAAGAACAUGAAUUCCGCAUGAAGUUAAUGCAAAGUAAUUUAGAAAAUGCAUUGGAUGAGGUCGCAUAGGACAAAAAAAAUUAUAUAAAAUAUACUAUAUAUAAAUGUAUUUUAACUUUAAAACUAAACAGA